AUGAGCCUCCGCAGUCGGGCUGGGAGGUCGGGGGGGGGCCCCCCCGAGGGAGCUUCCAGUGGGCCCCCAGGCAAUGCAGCUUGGGGAACCGCAGAAAGUGCGGAUUUGGAGGACAUAGGAGGGGCCUCCCGAGGAGGCUUGCGACGUUCUCGCCAGGAGAUGCGAACGGGUCCUUACGUUCAACGCCGUGCGAUUCUCAGAGCAGGCAGUAGUGGCACGGCUGGUGGGGAUGACUCCCUCUCACGAGGGCCCCCCUCUGCACCAGUUCCCAACACCAACGCUGCUGCAUGUUCCCCGCCUCCCCCCCCCGAGGAGAGGACGACACGCUUGCCUGCUGCGGGGGUUCCCCGCUUCAGGCAGCCAUGCAGCAGCAGACGCGAUGCCUUGCCGGAGGGGAAGAAGGCGCUCUUCCCACACAAACGCUCGAGUGCAGUGCCUGGCCGCACAGUCUUGGAGCGGCAGUUUGGCGUCGAAGUUUGGGCUUCUGAGGGUGAGAGGGUCGGAUAUUUAUACAACAUUACGCAAACAACGGCCCAACUAAAGCCAAAAUGCCGCUAUACGAGAGGCGGCGGCUACGGAACACGCCCCUGCGUUGAAGUGACUCGAGCGCCUGUAGAAGACCUCUCAGAUCCUUCGCACUUAGCGCGGUAUGGUCCUGGUGAUCCUGCAACUUCCUGUGAUGCCUUCGGAUCGUUGAAGCGAAAGCGAGAUUUCCUCCGCCUCUCUUUCCCUACCGUCAAGGAGCUGGUGGAAGCAAAGCAAGACCUUGCUAGGAUAGUUCGCCAAAACGCCGCUGCCUUCGCGAAAGCUUCUAUCACCUCCCUGCGCAGCUUCCCUUUGGGGCAGGAGAAAGAGCUGGCAGAUGCAAACGAUGCCUCUUCGAGGAGUCGUGGAGGGGCAGCUAAGGAACCUUCUGCUGCCGCGGAUGCCACAGAAAUGAUCGAUGAAAUCUUCGAAGCAGACGUUGUCUAUCUAACAAGGUGUGCAAUUGAUCUCAACAUCCGGUGUGGCAGGUGGUAUCGAUUGACACGUUCCAGCGCUUCUUCCUGCAGUCACGCAGAACUCCACCCUCUGGAAACUUCCGCCUCUGCCCCUCUCGGCAUCUUAGCCUUUGACAUCGAAUGCUACAAAGCUCCCCUCAAGUUUCCAGACAAAGAGACAGACCCCAUCAUCCUCAUUUCCUACAUGCACAAUCAGCAAGGUUACCUCCUCGUAAAUCGCUCCUUCCUCUCCGCGAACAUCCCCCCCUUUUCCUUCGUUCCCACGACCGAAUUCAAAGGGCCUGGGCCGUUCGUUGUCUUCAAUGAGGCAGAUGAAAAAGCCGUCUUAAAGCGCUUCAUCGCACACGUGAUCAAACUGCAGCCUCAAGUCAUCGUCACAUACAACGGCGAUUCUUUCGAUCUCCCCUAUGUACUCCGAAGGGCUCAGCUGAACGGCCUCAAUCUUUCGGGAUCUUUAGGCCUCAUGGUUGGACCUCCUGACGAUGCAAUUGUUGGUGCUGGCCCUCUCAUUCAUUUAGACUGCUUCAAAUGGGUAGAAAGAGACUCUUAUCUUCCUCAGGGGUCCCGCACGCUCAAGGCCGUCUGCAAAGCAAAACUGCGCUUCAAUCCGGUGGAAGUAGACGCCGAAGAUAUGGUGCCUUUAGCUUCUUCAGAUCCGCAGCGUCUUGCAGUGUAUUCGGUUUCAGAUGCCGUGGCCACGUAUUUGUUGUACGAACAAUUCAUUCAUUCAUUUGUGCUUGCUAUGAGCUCCAUUAUCCCCAUGAAUCCCGAGAUGGUUCUUAGACAAGGUAGUGGGACCCUCUGCGAGAGUUUGUUGAUGGCAGAAGCUUUCGCUGGCAGUGUUCUCUUCCCAAACAAACACAAACCGGAGCUCAUGAAGUAUUGGAGACAUCCAGAGACGCAAAAGCUGCACCUCAUUCUCGAAGACAGCUACGUUGGAGGCAGGGUAGAAUCUCUCAAAUGCGGAAUCUACAGAAGUGAUCUUAAGGAGGUUUUCUCGUUGAAGCCACGCGCAUAUGACGAUCUGCUGCAGUCUCUUGACUCCGUGUUGGGUCUAUGGCUCGAUUCAGAAGCUAAGGAGACUCCUCUAUCGCCUGCCUCUUUUGUGAACUGGGAAGAAAACGUAAACGACAUACGGCAGCGACUCGAGAUGCUCCGAGACAGCCCCUCGCUCAAGGCCUUUCCCCUGCUGCUGCAUCUCGAUGUUGCUGCGAUGUAUCCCAAUAUUAUCCUCUCGCAACGCCUCCAGCCACCAGCUAUCAAAACAAAACAGCAAUGUAGAGAUUGCCCUUGGUAUGAAUACGCGUCUGAAUGCCAGCGAUUUCUUCCUUGGAGGCGGAAGCUGGAAAUAAGCCCCGCCGAGAAGGGCACUAUUCUUGCGCUUCAGCAGGAUUUGCAGACGCGCAUGCAUCAGCCUGCAGCGGAGGUUAGGACGGGGAAGGGCAGAGGCAGCUGGAAGACGAGCAGUCGAUCGCAGUUUGCCUCAGAGCCGCCCCAAGGUUCUCAAGGCGAGUCUCAUGAAGCAGCUGACAGCACUGGAAGUGGCAGUAGCAGCGGCGGGGAGGAGGAAGAAGACAACGCCUUCGAGGGAGGAGAUCGAAUUGGGAAGGGAGAUACUGCAAGCCUCAAGUCGUGGACGGAGUUGACAGACAAGCAGAAAUACAUGGCGCUCCUAAAAGCCGCGAAAAAGUAUUCGCAAAAAGCGCACAAGAAGACGAAAAUACAAAAGGAGGCGGAUGAGGAAGCGAUCGUGUGUCAGAGGGAGAACCCUUUUUACGUCGAGACAGUGCGCGCUUUCCGUGAUCGAAGAUACGUCUUCAAGAAGCGGCUAAAGGAGGCGGAGAGGAAGAAAGAGCAGCUGGAGGCUCAUGGAGGAUCCUUUCAGGAAAAAAAGGAGGCGGCAGACAUGGUGCUGCUGAACGACUCGCUACAAUUAGCUCACAAGUGUAUCUUGAACUCAUUUUACGGCUACGUCAAAAGGCCAGGAGCCCGUUGGUUCUCUAUGGAGAUGGGGGCUGCAGUUACUAAGAUGGGGGCAGACAUUAUUCAGGCUGCCAAGGAGUUGGUGGACGGCGUGGGGAUGACUGUAGAGCUGGACACGGACGGAAUAUGGUGUCUUCUUCCCGAGCAGUUUCCGCUGGAGUAUGCUUUUACUUUGAAGGAGGGUUCUGACGGCAGCGGCGGCAAGGAAAGAGCUGCCAAAAGAAAUUUACGGUUUGAAUAUCCGACGUGGAUUUUGAAUAGCCUCGUCUAUGAGCGCUUCCAGAACCCUCAGUUUCUCUCAUUCGACGCCAAGACGCGGCAGUUUACGCGCAAAGUUAAAAACGAAGUUUUCUUUGAACUCGAUGGGCCAUGGAAAGGCAUGCUUUUGCCUGCCAGCGAGAAAACGGACUCCCUCCUUAAGAAGCGGUAUGUGGUGUAUGGCUCUGAGAAUCGGAUUGCCGAGUUGAAGGGCUUUGAGUUGAAGCGGCGUGGUGAGCUGGAGCUGAUUCGUCAGUUUCAGCAGGAGCUGUUUCCAGUGUUUAUGCGUGGUUCCUCAAAGGAGGAGGCCUAUGCCUUGGCAGCUGCGGUGGGAGAGAAAUAUCGGCAUUUAAUUAGUUCUAGAGGCGCUCCUUUGAAGACGGAAGCCGAUCUGCAACGACUGCUGCUUGCGCGGAAGGUUCUGGGGAAGAGCGUGCAGCAGCAGACGCUCGCGAAAAGCAUGAGCAUAACAACGGCAAGGCGAUUAGCGGACUUGCUGCAGAACGAAACGUAUUUGAGCGAAGCACCUGUUUCAACGCAAUAUCUCGUUGUUGCACUUCCGCCAGGAGCAGAGAAAACUGCCCGUGCCAUCCCUGUCCAGCUGCUACAGGCUUCUGAACGCACACGACUGCAUUACGUGCAGAAGUGGAUGGGAGUUUCUGCUUCUGAUGCAGCCCUCAUUGCGAACGACUUCAAGCAAGUAGUCGACUGGAAAUACUACGGCGAGAGGAUGGAUGUGCAGCUGCAAAAGCUCAUCUGCAUCCCUGCGAUUCGACAAGGCAUCACCAACCCUCUGCCAGGCGUGGAGGUGCCUCAGUGGCUACGGAAGCAACAGGCAGCCAACGACGAGCGCCAACAGAAGCUGGAAGCUUUCUUUAAACCCGUCUAUCAGAUGAAACAGAAGCAACAGCAGGAGCAGGAGAGACAGAUGCACCGGCAGCAGCAACAGGAGAGACAGAUGCAGCAGCAGCAGAAGACCGUCUCCUGCAACGAUCGCAAUGUUGCAGCAGCAGGCGAUCCAGAUGUUUCUGCUGUUUCUGCUGCUGCUGCUGCUCGACAGCGGCAUCUAGAACUCCAAAGGAAGCUGCAACAACAACGCAAAGUCGAGGCUCAGCUCUACAAAACAGAUUUCAACAAGUGGAUUGCUUCUCAACGGAUGCGAUGGAAGGAAAUUCGAGAGGUCAGUGGCGAGCUGCCCUACUGCCAGUGUCUGCUACUACGUGGCUGCAGAGCGCCUUCUGGAGCUGUGUCACGUUCGCUAGCAGCCUCUGCUUAUUUCAAGACUGCGAAUAAGGCUACUCUGGCGGCUGCAGAGACGCUUAUGCGGAGAGCUCGGCUAACUGCUGAGGAUUUCAGCACGCUUCUCACCAAUCGAUGGGAGGUUCUUGAUUUCUUCAGAGACUCUGAGGAUCCUGGAUCUUUUACCCUUCGAUUUACGACCCCCAAGUCUACGCGCUUCUUCUCAGUGCCGAUGCAAAUUUAUCGACAGCUAUAUUUGCCCCUUGACUUCGCGUUCCUUUCGAGGACUGGGCACGUCAUGGAAACCCACACAACGGAUCUAACGAAUGUGGUGGAAUCGAGUGGUGCGUUCUCUUCUUUGGCCUUUUCGAAGGCUGCUGCGGUCUCUACGGCGAAGCCUCUCAAGAGCACGCUUCCUGCCUACUUCUCUGGGGUGUCUCCCCUCGUUGUUCACGUGUUUCACUGCCGACGGCGGGGGGGAGGAGCAGCGCGGCGUUCGCAAGGGCCUCUAGACACGCGCGAUGACUGUGACGGCAUCUUUUGUGCCGUUUAUGAAGCGCAAAGGGGUGGCGAGGCAGAGCUGCUUCCGCCUGCAGCUGCCAUCUUUGUCGGGGGAGUCGUUGAAAGAGAGUCUUUUAGCCCUUGGCGGGUUCAGCAGGAGCUCCUCGAUGCGGCGUUGCAGCAGCACGCAGACCAACAGAGGCAGGGGGCACCCUGCCGCUUCUUCUGCAGCAGCAGCACAGGCAGCAGCAGCAGCAGCAGUGCAGCAACAGCAGCGGCAGUCGCGCGCGCUCAAAAGAAGGACGUUGCUCAAACCCUUAAGGCCCUCGAGGAGUAUUUAUUCCAGAAGCAGCAACAGCAGCAGCAACAGCAGCAGCAGGGGGGGGCCCCCCUGAAGAAGUACAUGGUGUUGCUCGUGUCGACGCUGCCUCUCAACGAGCUUGGCGAAUGGGCAAGUGCGCCUUUGGCGAGUCGAACGCCUUCCCGCGGACCGCAGCUGACACUGCCUAUCAUCUCCUGGGAGCAAGUGCCUCGCAGAUUGACGCGGCUAUCGCGAACAUCCUUUGCAGAGUUAGCCGUUCGGGAGUCUCAGACGCUGCUGCUGCAGCAGUGCCAGCUGUACGACGCUUCGCUGUGGCUCUCUCGCACGCUGUGCUGCCCGUUGGGCUUUGUGCUCCGUGGAAUCGCCUUCUCAAAAGACGCCUCUGCGGGUUCUGCCGCUGAGGCUUUUCUGGAUAUAGAGACCUCUGGAGGUAGAGCUGGAAGCGCUGAAGGAGGCAGCCCUCUGCCUCCCCCCUUGGGGGGCCCCCGGGGGCCCCGGGAGACCUUCCGCUUCCUCUAUGACAGUUUUUACGCGCAAAUUCUGAGAGCGCAACGCGGCAUUCUGUGGGGAGGCAGCAGCACGAGCAGCAAAGACGCCGGCCUGUGCCUUCGCGAGAAGGAGCCAGACUUGGGGUGCUCUUCUUUGGGAGCCUCAGCGUAUGAAGACUUCGAUUUAAGCGAACGCAAAACAUCCUUCGCGAAUCCUGGGAUCUACAGAGCAAUAUGCUACGCCCUCUCUCUCGGCGACUCGCUUAUUUUCAACAGCGUGCGCCUCGCGGAAAAAGUGGACCCGGAGUUUCUCGGAGCCUCUGAUUGGCUUCGACGCGAAGCGGAUACGCUGGCUGCCGCGACAACUGCACCGGAAGCAGAAGGCGCAGCAGCAGAAACAGCAGCAGCAGAGGCACUGCCUGCAGCAGACAAGGCACUGGGUGGCUUCAACUCCCCCACGCAGUUUUCUCCUGCGGCCUUCAGGGUCUUAGGCUUUGCACUGCAGCGCCUCUUCGCCUGCCUGUAUCUGUUGGAGCAGGGUGGGGGUGCAUCAAGAGCCAUAGGGGAUGAGCCUCAGGGAGCUGCCCUUCGUUUGCUACAGCAUAUUCCGGCAUCGUUUUAUUCGUGGAUUUGUGAUCGAGGGGCCCUCCUCUUUGAUCCAGCCCUGAAAAUCAAGGUGCAACGACACGCCGAGUUGUACCUCGCGUUGUUGCUGAAGGAGCUUUCGAGCGGCUCAAACUUGGAGAUCAUCUCCGCGAACUUGCGCGGUGUAAUCGUGUCGACUCGGGUGGUUGCUGCAGCAGCAGCGCAGCAGACGCUGCAGCAGACGCUGCAGCAGCUGCAUCAGCACCCUCUCUUCGAUUCGCUUGUUGUGGCUCCGAAGGACAGCUACGUGGCGGUGCUGCAGCUGGACGACAUAGACUGGGUAGGAUACAGGGAGUUCGUGCCUCUGGAAGGAAGCAGCUCGAAAAGUGGCUACGGCAGCGCCUCUGGUGGGGAGGGGGAGAAUGAGGAGGAGUGCGAGGGUGUCUGCGAUCGGCUUGGAGGCCUGCGCUGUCUGCCGGAGCCACUGGCUUGUCUUCUGCGAGCGAGCAUCGACAGAGCGCUUCAGCUGCCGCUUUUGCAACUCUUGCAUCAGCUCAGUGCGUAUGCCGACGAUUUCUUGCCCAGUGAAAGCGGAGGCAGCCUGCCCAGCAGCGGCCUCAUGAUGCUUUCAAAAGGCGAAAUCGCUCUCAAACUAUCCGAGCUCGCGGUGCGGCUCUGGUUCGCGCCUGGAGAAGAUGCGGGAUGCCUCAUGGACUCCAAGGAAAACUGCGCUGAUUCUCGAGAGUGUUUCAAACCAAAAAAAGCGAAAACCUUCUUCGAUAAGCUCAAGCACUACAUCCGAGACCCCGUUGAACUCAUACGGAAAUACGGAACCGCCAGCGCCGUGCGGCAAAGCAAAGAACUCUCGUUCAGGUGUCUGUGGGUAAGAGAUGUGCAGUGUGGCGCCUGCGGCUCUGUGCAAGACGUCGAUCUCGUCUCUGCAUUGCACGAAGAAUCGGGAGAGACAGAGGAUCACGAAGCGAUUGCCAUCAAAAUUUGGGCGGUGAGUGGGGAGGAGGAAGGGGGGGGAUUCUUUUUCAACGGUGCUGAGGGAUGUUUCCGUUCGUUUCUUGAGGUGGCGAUAAGGGGCCUCCAAAACAGCUGGAAAGCUGGUGUAUACGGAGGGUGCGCCGCCGGUGCUCGGGCUGUAUGCAGCAAGUGCCCUUCGUGCAGUGCCCCUCUGGAGGACGCUGUGCUUGAAGCGCAUCUUCUCCGCGGUCUGCAAGAAUUGCAUUACGCCUUCCUGGCGCAAGAUCUGUACUGUAUUGGCUGCCAAGCCGUCUGCGUGAGUCAUCUUCGGGAUAAAUGCAAGUGUGGGAAGCCCUUCAAGGCACGUCUGAGUCCAAAGACUUGGGAAGACUUUGUCAACACCGCACAGGAAUUCGCAGUGGAAAUGGGCUUUGAAACGCUGCAGUCCUGCCUGGUUCAAAUCCAGGAGGCAUGGAGCUAG